AGCUGAGGGGUUGGAAGGCUCCGCUCACCGCACAACUUGGGAGGGCUUCCAAAAGUUGUGCGCUUUUACGCAUGAGUGGACUGGUCCGGUGUUGCACGACCUUCUCCUCCCGUUCUGGUUCCGCUCUGCAGUGUCAGCCAGCAUCAUGAAGGAGAUUUUUUUCAAAGAGGACUUGAAGCAAAAAAAGGAUCCUAGAUGGGGUCAACACAAGUGACCCUGUGAACUUUUCCACCGGUCCGCUCACAUCAUUUGUCUCCAUGGUUCCCAACGUUGGACGCCACCGCGUCUGCUUGCUGCUGAGCGCUUUGCUAUGCGCGCUGGCGCCGAGCCGAGGCUCGGAACUAAGUACGGAGGACUUGCGGAACGCCACCGACGAUGUGACCCCGCCGCCGGAGGAGUGGACCGGCACUACGGUCCAGAUGCAGCCGGACCUGCAGACGGAGGUGCAGACCGAGUUGGAGACGCAAACUCCAACUCGUAACUACUCAGGCCUGUCAUGUAUCCCCGUCCUGCCUCCACGUCGGGGAUCCUUCUACGUGGAGAGCGGCACCGGGGUGUCGGUAGGCAGCGCGUUGGCCUUCUGGUGCCGCGGCGGCUACCAGCUAGUGGGUAGCGAAAAAAUCUACUGCAACGUCCGCAACGGGAAAGCGCAGUGGAGCAACUACUUGCCAGUGUGUGAGGCUAUCCCCAGGCCAGAGGACCGAGGGUUGAGAGUGGCGGUGUUAGCGUCGGUAGUGAGCGGCGUUGUCAUCUUGGCAAUGUCGCUGUCUUUUCUUGUCUGCUGUCUACAAGAACGAUCCAGUAAGAAGAAAGCCAAAAAAGAAGUUCGGGCCAGACGGAGGGGGAAGCGUUCAACUCGCCGCAACGAGCGAUGGCUGGAGAGAGAAGAAGGCGAAUGGGAAGCCUUCCCUCCUCCAAAGAUCUUCCAUCUUUCGCAGAGGAUGAACCCUCGCCUGGCACCGGACAGCCCACUCUACCUGACCGGAGGCCUCGGCGGAUACGAGAACAGAGGAUAUCAAAGGAGUCAGGAGAGUCUGCUGAAAGCCGCCCCGCCUGGAGUCUACCGCUCCGACUCCCAGCUCUACCCGCACGUGGUCCUCCAGAGGGUCCUGCCGCCAACCGCUCCUUCGGCACCGUCCGCCCCGCUCUACCUCCACCUCCCCACCACCACAUCUUCCUCCACGCCGUCCCAAACGACCGCUCAAGCUCACCUCAUGGGCCAGUACCCCACCUCGACAUAUCCGCCCAACUCGUCGGCGCCGCCGUUCCAUCAGCCCGUCCCGGCGCCCAUCUAUCCCAAUCCCAACCCGAGGCCGCAGCAGCCGUGGCAAUGAGGUCAUUCCACCCCGAACAAUAUCGAGGGAGGGAAGCGCUACACGGCUAACGGCUAAUACGAACUUCGCAACUUUCCCUUUUAGUGCAUGCAAGCGGGACUUCUCCUCCACUUGGUGUCCAACAGGAAGGAUUUUGUUUGCCGAGCUCAGCCGGUUGGGGGGAACAAGGGGUGUCAAAAUUUGCGAUCUAUAUUUUAGUUAAUGGAUGCUCAGAAUCCCAAAAAUACCGUAAUAGCAAUAAAAACAUGACAUGCUAAAAUAUUUCUGGCAAAUAUUUCUGUUUGGAUUGUUAAUGUCUCUUAUCUAAUACGAUUCAAGUGGGAACCCUAAUAAUCGUAUUAACUGUACAUAUUUGUUCCUCCAUUUUGUUAUUAACUCUCAAUUUAUCAUCAAAACGGCAGACGACAAAUUAUGUGAAUAUGUACAAAGUGUAAAAAAUGCACGAAUUUGCUUCGAGAGACUGUAAAGGUGCUACACUGGAAAAAAUGCACUGAAUCAAGAGCAAGACAGGAAAUUUCUUAUUACUACUUUCCUUUUGUUUACAUUAUGAUUUCCUUGUAUUAUAAACUGUAGUCACUUUAACUGUGGGGCUUUUUAUUUUUUUUAAUAUUAGCACUAAAGUAGCCAAACUAUUAAAUUUGCACUUUUUUGAGCGUGUCUGUUUUCAA